AUGGAACGCUGGAGAGACGCGGCCUCUGAGCAGGCCGAGCUGCUUGCGGGCCGCGUGAAUGAAUUGCUGAUCAAAGGCAAGGACUUUUUGCGAACCGAGCUCGGCGUGGAUCUGGCUCUCGAACCCGAGCUCAUUCCGCCAUGGGCGAUCCUUGUCGCGGUGUGCGCCGGCCUGGUGCUGAUGCUCGUCAUCUGGGCCUCGUUGUGCCAGGCGCUCUUCAAGAAGCGGCCUACGAUCGAAGUGGUGGAGAGGACAGUCGACGCAAAACGAGGGACCGAGAAGACGGUUAAAGUAGAGGAACCCAAGAAGAGAAAGAAAAAGGCGGAAAAGAAAUUCCAGCCAAACGGUAGAGCUGUCACCGACGUACAGGAAGAAGACGCCAUAGUUGGGGAAGAAAAAGUGCCACAUCAACAGCCACCUCCUCAAACAAAGAGUGAUAAAGAUCUUGAGACAAAGAAGUCCAAGAAGAAGGCCAAACAGGCGGCGAAGGAGACUGUUGGAACAGCUGUCGGAAAGGAGCCGGAGGAAGGUACAUGGGAGACUAAGGUCAGUAACAAGGAAAAGCGUGAACAGCGCAAGAAGGACAAAAGUGAUGGCUCUGCCAGUCCUGGUGGUGGUGGUGGCGGCGGCGGUGGCACUCCUGUGAGCAUUACUCCAGAGCAACGCAAGACAUCAGCAGCUACUCCACCUCCCACCCGGAAGAAGAAAAAAGUCGAGCCAUCCAAAGUGACAGCAGAAAAAGUUACCGCCGCUGUGACUCAUGUUAACAGCGAGGCACCAGUAGUAGCGGCAGGUGUGGCUGACAGUCAAGCAGUGAAGGUUCCUCAACCUGUUGCUCCAAAGACUAAAGGCUCGUGGACAGCACCAAGAGAACCAGCACCACUAUGGAAGACUGACAUUGAUGAUUCAUGGACUGUGAUCGAUAGGGUUCCAGCUGAUAUGGUUUCCUUCACUAAACUAGGAGUUGGCACAGCUGAUGCACAGUUGGUGGACAACGCACCAUGGCUGAGUCAGCCCCAGGUCGAUGAUGAGUGGUCCGGAUUGAAUGGUGGUUCAGCAGAUCUUAGCUCUGACUGGAAUGCCCCAGCUGAAGUUUGGGGCAACUAUGAAGAACCCAUGCUUCAGCAGCCUCCAAGUGAGCCAGCGAAACCAAAUCUACUGAGUGGAGCUGCUGAUGAUGACGAUGAAAAGGAUACUGGAGAGUCUGCUGCUGAUGGAGCUGCAAAAAGUAAAAAGAAGAGGAAGAAAAAGAAAAAGGCACCAGAGGAGGGAGAAACAGGCCAGACUGAAAUGCCAGAGAAAAAUGUCGAACCUCCAGUCCCAUUGAAGGAAGAGAAGGAGGCGUCAACAACGACGAAGAAGAAGAAGAAACAGAAGCAGCAGCCACCGCCUACUCAAGAGCAUUCUGCUGCUGCCGUGUUACCCUUGGAGCGACAGGUGAAGGACAGCACGUCUCAAAAACCUCUUUCCACACAAGUGCCACCGAAGCAACCUGAGGCGCAUGCCACUGUUCUGAUCGACAUCCCUGUUCCAACACAACAAAAAUCAGAGGAGAGCCAGGCCAAGCUGUCCAAGAAGAAGAAGGCAAGGAGGGAGACAUGA